AUGAAUAAGGAAGAAGAACCAAUAUAAGAACCAUUAAUGAAUGAGCAAAACUAAUAAGUAGAUGGUAAAAGUAAUAGAGGAAUGUCUUAAGUUUCAGCAUUGACUGAUUAAUCUAAGAAUGAAACACAUUUAUAUGAGAUUCCAGAUCUUUCAAAUGUUACAUAAAAUGUUCUAUGUCGUUUAAUAUCUGUAUCUGUGGUUUGUAUUGUAUUUUUGAUAGCAGAGGUAUAUAAUAUUGAUAUUAUAUGAAAGGUAGUUGGAGGUUUAUGGGCAUAAUCAUUAGCAAUAUUAUCUGACGCAGCACAUAUGUUUUCUGAUAUGAGUGGAUUUUUUAUAUCAAUAUUUUCAAUUUGGUUAGGUUAACGACCAGCAUCAUAAAAAAUGUCUUUUGGAUAUCAUAGAGCUGAAGUAAUUGGAGCAUUAGCAAGUANUAUACUUCUAAAAUUUUAAUAGAUAUAUAAAUAUAUUAAGAAUUAAAUAGUUUAAUAAAUUGA